AAUUUUCUCAAAUCCUAAAUUCUCAGACUCAGCGGCCGUCAUAAAAGAGUUGAGUAAAAUAAAAAUUCUCAAAAUCUGUUUUAUUCUCAAAUAUUUGAGUUUACUACAAAGCAAACUUAAGUCCAUUCUCAAGCAUUGAAAAUGGCUUCCAUUAUCUUCCGUCGACGUCGUAGGAGGCUGAAUCGAGCUGUUUUGAGGCGCCCAAGGGUAUUUCGGGAUCUCAGUAACCCCUUAGAGUCUUUGGAGGAAGAAGAGAUUUUCCAGAGAUAUCGUUUUUCCCCAACCAGCAUCCUUUUUAUUGUGAAUGGCGUCCAUGAUCACCUUCAGAGAGACACUGCCAGGAACCGUCCUAUUCCUCCGUUGAUCCAGGUGCUGCUAUUCCUACGUUUUGUUGCCACAGGAGCCCACUUAAGACUGAUCGGGGACAGUCUCAACGUAUCGGAAUGCACGACUGGGAGGGUUGUUAAAGCAGUAGCGAGGGCCAUCAUCACAGUUUUCAUGAAUCUGAUUAAAUUCCCUUCAGGUGAACUCGCUACCAAAGUCAAGGAAGGCUUCAGAAGAGUUGCUGGUAAGCCCUAUAAUCAGUUGUAA